AUGGAAGAAAAUAAUCAGACCGCAGUGCCCGAGUUUCUCUUCCUUGGCAUCACAGAUAACCUCCAUCAGAAGAUUAUCCUCUUCACCAUCUUUCUCUUUGUUUAUCUUGUCACCCUGGGGGGUAACCUGGGCAUGAUCACUCUCAUAUGGGACCCCAGGCUACACACAUCUAUGUACUCUUUUCUGAGCCUCUUGUCCUUUGUAGAUGUGUUCUCCUCUUCUUCCACAGCCCUGAAGAUGCAGUGUGACAUCUUUGCAGAGAACAAAGCCAUCUCUUUUGUGGGCUGUGCUGCACAGAUGUGGUUCUUUGGUCUCUUUGUGACAACUAAUUAUUUCAUCCUCUCUGUCAUGGUGUAUGAUCGAUACACAGCCAUCUGUAAGCCCUUGCUGUAUAUACUCAUUAUGUCCCAGAGGGUAUGUGUGCAGUUUGUCAUAGGACCUUAUGUCCUAGCUGCUAUAUACAUCACAACUCAUACAACAUCGACAUUUUGCUUACCAUUCUGUGCUCCAAAUACCAUCAAUCAUUUCUUCUGUCAUGUUUCCCCUCUGCUUUCCUUAGCAUGUGCUGAUACGUGGAUUAAUAACAGGGUUUCUCUGUGGUCCUACUUCAUCCAUGACAAUAAGUCAAGACUGACCUGUAAGGUUCAGGUACCAUGGAAAGCAGAAAAGGAAUUGCUGACCUGA